AGUCAAAUUGCACAACUGUGUCGGGUUUCACUGGGCCGUCUGUAUUUGGGAUAACGGAGGAGUUCGGGGCGAAGGAUAGUCACUAGUCUGGCAGAUUUUGGUCGUGAUAAUUAAAAUAUCCUUACUGUAAAGCAUGGAUUAUGAAAACGAGGGAUGUCUCCACGAAAUUUUCGAUCGUCAAAUGAAGAGGACUAAUCCGACUGCCACCGCCGUUGUAUCGGAUGAUGGUCGCUCCAUUUCUUUUUCCGAGCUCGACUAUCUCACCGAUAUUUUGGCCACAAAUCUAAGACAUAAAGGAGUGGAAAGGAACAGUGCUGUGGGCAUGUAUCUGGAAAAAUCGCUGGAAUAUCCUAUUGCUUACACAGCCAUCCUUAGAGCCGGUGGUGCUUACAUGCCGUUGGAACUUUCAUACCCUGAAAACUUGCUAUAUUCGAUUUUAGAAGAUGCAAAACCUGCAGCGGUCAUAACAACUGAAAAUCUGAAGGAAAAAAUCCCAAGCUCAGUUACUGUGAUUGUUUUGAACGAAGGCUGGGCAGACAGACUCGCAAAGGAGAAUGAAGCUGGACCAGCUUUAGAGAAAGUAAAGAGUACAUUAGAUGAUUUAGCUUACAUUGUUUAUUCAUCGGGGACAACUGGUAAACCAAAAGGUAAAAUGUCACGGUUCUUUUUUUAGAAAACUUUGACUCUUCCAAGAGACAAACAUAUUUACUUGAGUUAAUUUACUGACAGUAAUAUAUCUAACAGCAAGUAGUUUCUUUGCCUAUAAUGAAUUAUUAAUUUUCGUUUUAAAAAAAUGCUGGAUCAAAAGAUAAGAACAAAUGUCUGUGACGGAAAUAUAAAAGUUUCUUCCGUGCUUUCAAUCAAGCUUUUCUAGUUUUGGGUUCAAAUUUCUCUUUGGACUCUGCACUCAUCACUGCUGAUUUUUGACGGUGGUCAGCUGAAGGUCAGUGAAGGUUUGUUGCAUAUCGCCAGCUGUUUGAUGUUGUGAUGAAAGUUUAAUGACCGGAUUACCUUAAAUGCAACUUUAAUAAAGUGAGCAAAAUGAAAUUAUUUUAAUACGAAAGUGUUUCUUUCUUAUUAAAUUGUUUUCAUUGAUGCAUUUGCCGCGCUUUUUUGGUAAAAUUAAAGUGACCUUAGAAACAAAGGUGAAUCCCGCGUUUAUCAAACAAAAACAAAUGGAGGAUUUUGAUUUUAAAAGUGCUUGUUUUUUUUUUCUUAUUUUCUUGGUCAGUACAUUGAAUAGCGGAAAUUGAAAAAGCAGGUCCAAGACAAUGUUCAAUGAAAAUUUUCCAGCUAUAAAAUUCAAUGCCCUCUGCCCUGAAUAACCUUGUGGGACAAAAUUUUGGAAAAUAAUCUUUGCUUUAUUUAUUUCGCAUGGCUGCUAAUAGUACAUAUGAUAUAAUACACUGCUUUUGUUACCAAUAGUUAUGGUGAGUCCUGGGACUCUCUGGGGCGACUAAGAAUUCAAGGAAACUGGCCCGGCUGGCCACCAAGCACUGGAGUUAAGUUUCAGCCAUGUAAACGAAUUUGCAUGUCUUUGCGUCCCUGACUCUGGUAUUGCUACUGAACCUGGUUUGGAUCUAAGUUAUAGCCGUGGCUGUUAUUUGGCUUAGUGAGAAAAACUUGAUUUGGGUGGUUGAUAUCAUUCACAAUUCUUGGUUUAUGUGGCUUGUUUCAUUUUUGUAAUACAUGUACAUACAAGCAACACUUGGCUGAGGACAAUGUCCACUUAAAGUUUCUCUCUUAUGUAUUGUAAACUUACUUUAAGUUCAAAUUUUCAGGAAUAUGUUGUCCACACCGCGGUGCGGUUUUCUCAUAUACCUGGCGACAUCAAAAUUAUCCAUUCCAACCUGAUGAUCGUGUUGCUUGUAACAUUUUCUUUACAUGGGAGCUAUUCCGACCUCUUCUUAAAGGGAUCCCCUUGUAUGCGAUUCCUGACUCAGUCAUUUAUGAUCCACCACUUCUGCUGAAAUUUAUGAAGAAGCAUGGGAUAACACGUGUCCUGUUCACUCCAUCUCUUCUUGGUAAGUGAAAUAUUUGCUAUUGUCCUUGUUAUUUUUUACUUACUGCCUUUGUCGGGGCAGUCACUAAGGGCUGUGGGUUUCCCCUGUCUACUAGGAAUAUGAUCACCCUUGGCUUCUUUCAUGGGAAGCAAAAGGAAGAUAAAACCAAAAGAACUUUCUAUUUGGUUAAUUCCCUGUCUACUAAUUACCUGUUCCUGGAAACUUGAAAUCUCCACGACAGCCAUGAUUAAUCCUCUGAAAAGUACUGUAAACUGAUCAUGAAUUCUCAUUGAAGAGCAGAUUACAGCUGCGUAAAAGUGAUGGCUAUGUGGAGAAAAGCUAUGCCUAUUAAUAAACAAUCAAACAGGAAUGUAUUUCCCUCAGAAGUAGCUGCUUACUAGGGUGUCCAGGGUUGAAAUGCUUAAGAACCAGAAAUUAUAAAAAAGCAAACCCUCAGAUUGAGACCCUGGGGUAGCUAGUUAACCAAAGACUUGUCAUACACACUUGCAAGACCAGUUCCUUAUCCAUCUUGACCCAACAACGAUUUUCGUCAAAGGAUCAACUCCAGGGCUGUGUUCUAAUUUGGCAUCUUUUUGACCGACUAGAAAAUCUCAGAUUUUUCAACAAAUAAUUUGGUUCCAAGCACUGGGCUCAAAGAGCACAGCCUUGAACUGCUCUCUUUAAUCAUAGUUUCUGCAGUCUUAUUUUUUAUUUAAUUUUCAAUAUAUUUUUCUAGAGACAAUUUUGACUUGUGAAGACAGUGACAUUGCUGGUCACCUUUCGUCUAUGAGAGUCAUCUGGCUCUGUGGAGAAGUUGUGACCACAGCCCUGAGAGACAGGUGUAUGAGGACUCUGCCUUGGAUCAAGCUGCUGAAUCUCUACAGCAUUUCAGAAUGUCAUGAUGUAGCUGUUGCUGACCUUACAAAUUUGCCCUUCCAAGAUGAAGUAAAUAAACUUAUUGUAUUGUAACUUUAUUAAGUUUUUAUCAAACUAUCCGAAAAAGGUGUAUGUUUGAAUAUUUUUUUAUUGGUUUUUCUACAUUAUACAGUUUGUGCUUGUAUAUGCUUUGUUUUUUUAUAAUCAUGUUUUCUCUUUUCCUCUUUCUGAAGCUGUCUGAAAAAGAUGAUAUGAAGCGUAAAUUCUGCCCAGUUGGAAAGUUGUUGCCAGGGGUCUAUGUUGCUAUCAUGGAUGAUGAUCUGAAACCAUUACCAGUGGCCCUCCCAGGAGAGGUGAAUUCAGCGUGCAAAAAAGCAGUGUCUUAUAUAGCCCAGGGCUAGUGGAUUUUGCAGAUUAUUGGACAACUGAAUUCUGUUCUUAACUUGACCUACCGGAAUUAAAACUACAGAAGAACUGUAAUCAAUGCUCAUCAAAAAAUUUUGGUGUGCAACAUAAUUAUGCAGACUGCAGACUGGCAGGUAAACAAGGUAAACAUUGUUGUGAAUUGCUCUAACAGAUUCCCUGUCCUUAAACUUUAAGUCCUCUAAGGUUUGUUUAAGAGAUAGGGAUUCUGUUAAAGCAUUUCACAACAAUGUUUACCUUAUUAUUUUAUGUCAGCAGUCUGCAUUUUUUCGCACACUGAAAAAUUUUUUUGUGCUAGUUGAAAUGACUUUUGGGCAAGUAGUUGCUAGCUGCAGUUUGCCCAAAUGGCAAUUAAGCUGUAAAACUGACUUUCUUUGUACUCUGUAAAUCUGCUACAUUGUACGGAAGCCUAGAAUCCUUUAAAACUACAGUCAAAUGAUAAAAAUAUAUGAAAAAAACAUAAAUUACAUUUCUUUUUAGUUAGUUUUGUGUGUGCAGAAUAACUGAACCUUUUUUAGAUGACAUCACUGAAAAAAAUAGAAAGGGGCAUGCAUGGGUUGACAACAAAUUGCUCCUUAAUGUUUACUACUUUCUGAUUGAUGUCAGCAUUAUGUAUUUACAAUUCCUUCUGCUUUAGAUUUUUGUUGGAGGACCUACAUUAGCUCAUGGUUACCUCAACAGACCAGAAUUGAAUGCUUACAGAUUUAUUGAGCGUCCAGAGGAAGUCCCUCAGUCAGCUGGUCCUAAACUGUAUCGUACAGGUGACUGGGGUUACUUACUUUCAUCUGGCUUGUUGGAGAUUUGUGGUCGCUGUGACUCAAUGGUGAAGAUUAGAGGAUACAGUAUUGAAACACAGGUAGGUAUUGGUAGCCUGAUGUAAAGACGCACUCAUAGCAUACACUGUUUACAGGUAGCCAUUGCAACUCCUGAAGGAGGAUCAUAAGGUUAUCCCUAUAUUAGGUCUCUCGUUAUAGGUAUUACCCACCCAGCCCAGGAGAGGUUGGCCACACUACCGGGGUCUAUGUCCCCUACUCUUUCCAGUGGUGUGGGUUCUUUUAUGUCCAACAAGAACCAGAUAUAUAAUAAUUGAAAAUGCUGUGAGAUGGGACCUUCAGUUUUUCGUCCUUAUCUGAGAAGACUAGAAAGUCUAACCAUUUGCAGACGUCUUUAAAAAAGCAGCACUUUCUUCUCAGUUAUUUAAAAGACCCUGAGUGUUGGUCCAGCAAGGGGUUUGAACCAAAGUCCUCCUACUCAGCAGGCAUGGUGUUCUCCCAGAGCGCAGCUAACCAGGCUCAACUAUAGUCCCAGCUUGUCUUCAGGUCUAUGUAUAUGCCAGGGUCUAAAGUUUCUACUUGUCUCUCAGCAUCAUUUGUAUAGGGAUUUUGUUUAUCAAAUUCUACAUAGUCAUAUUUCAGGUUUUCUGUAGAAUAUGAGACUUAUUUUAUGUGCGGUUCACUGCUGCAUUUUAAAUCUUUAGUAUGUUUUUACCUCCAACAGGCUGUUGAAGCAGCACUUAUUCAGCUGCCUAUGGUUCAAGCCUGCUGUGUGGUUGCUCUUGGAGAAGAGGGGGAAGAUAAGUACCUGGUGGCCUAUGUUGUUCCACAUCAUGGAAACAAGGUAAUUACGUCUCUUUGGUUAGGUUAAGGUGAUCUUUGAGAAAGACUUGAGGAGUGGGGGUGGACAUUCUCUUGACUAUUUACUGCAGAAUUCCUGAGAUUAUUAAGCAGUGACAAUGAAUUUACAAUGUAUGUGAUUGAUGUUUGAUUUCGAUGUGUUCUUCAUAUCUUGAGAUGCUAACCAUUACCAUUUGGUUCAACUCGUAAUUCUGAUAGACAAAUAUUAUUAUGCCUCAUUUGUCUUUGUUUGUUUUUGUUCCAUUUUUGUCAGGCUUGCAAGAAGGAUAUCAGAGCAAUAUUAAAGAAAAGGCUUCCUUUUUAUAUGAUACCAUCUCAUUUUGUUCUUCUUGCAAGGUUUGUUAUUGAGCAAAUAAUGGAUUGUGUGUGUACGAUUGACUGUUUACUUAAUGCUUAAAUGGUGCAAACAAAAAAUUUCAUGUUUUCUUUAUGUUUUUUUCUUGGUAGUAUCCCUGUGACACCAGCCGGAAAGUUAGACAAAAAGAAGCUUCCUCCUAUUGGUUCAGAGGGAACAGAUGAGGAAGGUUUGCCAAGUACUCCCACAGAAUGUAGUCUUGUAAAGCUGUGGAGUGAAGUGCUAAAUGUAUCCAGUAUAGAUGUUCACGAAGGAUUCUUUGAUCUUGGAGGGUAAGACAAAUGAAAUUGUGUACCUCAUUGUGUAAUGGACGCAGUGAUUACUAUUGUGUUGAAACUGUCUGCAGACAUCAGUUUUGUAAGAGCUUUAUGGAAUUUAUCCAUUGUUAGGUGACCUCUGUGUGUUAUUUGAUUGUACCAAGAUUCAGUGACAGUUCCUACUUUUGAGACAUGCAAUAUUAUUGCUGUGUAAGGCUGCAUUUUGCUUGUGUUCCAGAUGUCCAUAUUACUUUUAAUAACAGUUGGACCUGCCUUGAGGAUAUGUGGCAUUUAAAGAUGAGGGCAAACUGCUUAAAAAUUAAUUUGAAAAGAGUGAAACUCAGAAGGUGUGGCUGCAGAAUUUUGCUUUUGUAGGGUCAAGAAAUUUUUCCUGCGGUACUUGCUUCCUCAAAGGACUUAUUUGUUAGGUCACAUGCUAUAUUUUUUUAAACAACUGUUAGUGAAAGUUUGAAACUCUUUUUUUCAUAAUUUUUUUUUUUACAGACACUCUCUUUUGGCAACGCAUCUUCUUCAAAAAGUAAACAAGGCAUUUGGUACAAGUCUGACAGUACAGGAUCUGUUUGCCUACCCAACAGUAGCACAGAUGGCGAAAAGGAUUGAUGAACUGAUUCAAGAUGGCACACUGCAGAGCAAGAAGUUAGUGAAGUAAACUUUUCAGUCCUGCAUAAUUUUUAGGACAUAGUGGCUUAUAUUCUCAGACCCCUUACAACUUAUGUCAGUAUGAAAUUUAUUGUGAAAUAUUGAAUUCAUAUUCAUGGGCCAGUCUGUUUCUCUGGCUGUAGUAGUGUUCAGUUCUCUAAACAAUAUUCAGAAUGCAUGCUUUUAGAGUCUACAGGAAAGGUCGGUACUUCCAGUCAAUGUAGUUCCUGCAGUUGUGAUAGAUUGCCUGACAAAAAUAUUUAAUAUGAAACUGAAAAGUUAUCCUGUCUGACAUUGUUGGUUAUUCUUGCUUUCAGGAAUCUCUCAGAAGGCAAGGUUGAUUUGCUUAAAGAGGUCGAUUAUCAUUAUGCCACUGAUCAGGAAUUCGUUAAGUGUGUAAACUCAACAUCUCUUCUUAUUACACUUGAUGUCUAACAUUAGACUCCACAGAAAACCAGUGUUUCAACCUUAGCACAAUCAUGUUUCCUACAUGUGGUAAUGUAACUUCUGUGCCUGUAUCUUUCAGCCAGUAAAGCAACAUACGACCUAGUAAAGCAAUGAGUUAUAUUUCACAGUAUAGAAGUUGUUGUUUUCAAUAUAAGUCACCUCAAUUAAUAAUGAAUUUUAAAAUCCUUUCCGUUCCAGGAGUUCCCCUUAAUCAAACAUAACGAUAAUGUCCAAGUUUUUAGUUGUAUUAAGGUAUUGGAAACAAAAAGUACUAUUUGAUUCACAUACUUUUUUAAGAGGUCCAAAGACUUAAAAGCUGGAAGUAGAUUCCAUGAGAAAAAAAUAAACAAGGCAACUAUUUAAACUUAAGUGUAUCUAAAAAGAUUGCUAUUUUUUAUUCUUCUUUUGUGAUAGCAUGGACAUCAUGUUAAGAGCAUUUUGGCGCUCUGGAAACUUCAAGAACUCUCGACGGUGGAUAAGAGGGCGUGUACUGUUAACUGGUGCAACUGGCUUCUUAGGAAUGUUUUUGUUGAGAGAUUUGAUAAGGUUUACCAAGGUGAAUUUAACAUAACUUCUUGUAUCAAAACAGGAGUUUUUUGCAUUCCAAAGGUUAAUGGUUAACUUUUUUGUGAUUGAAGGUGCACAUUUUCUGUAUUGUACGUGAACAACCUGGUUUAGAUGUAAAGGAAAGGUUAAAGCAAGUUUUGCAAAAAUUCAAGAUACUUCCUUCAAGAAGUGACCGUCAGCAAAUGACUGAAGAGGAGCGAUAUGUUGAUUAUGGCUUUGAACAUCGAGUGACUGUUUUGAAAGGUAUUUUUUGUUGUUGUUUUAGAGUUUGAGGGACAAGUUUCUAAAGAAAUCUGAGAAAUUGUGCUACUGAACAUUUCUGUGAUGAAGAAAAAUAUGAAAAUUUGAUUUCCUCAGCUGAGCUGGUGAUACAGAUAAUUGCCUACAGUAAAAAUAAAAAAGAUUCAAAUUUAAGGGGUGUUUGUGAAAAGGCCCUGUGUGACUUGACAGUGAUCUUAAGAGAAAUUCUUUAACCUUAGAAAUCAAUAAUAAUAAUAAUAGCGGUAAUACCCAUAAUUUACCCGUGGCAGUAUUUGUAGCACUGCCGUGGUGCUGAGCAAAUCAACAUUUUUUAAGUAUAUCACACCUUGACAACUGAUUUCACUUAACUUCAACGUCUUUGCUUUAGGUGAUGUCUCAUUAAUGAAGCUUGGAGUGAGUGAGGAAGAGUAUGUGCACCUGUCAUCAGAGGUUAGUAACACCUUCAUUUCUCAGUGAAUUUAGCAUUUUCAAUGCCUUAAGUAUGUGGCAGAUUCUAUUUUAGUCAGAAUCACCGGCCAUCAUAACCUCAUUGCGUCUGCUGCGCAGCAAGUCCAUCCGGUGGCCAGAAUGUAUUGCUUAUCUAAGGCAUUCUUUGUUAUUUCUGGCUCCAUAACACUCACCUUGUGUAUCACCUCAUUACAGAUUGACUUCAUCAUCCAUGCUGCUGCUGCUGUUAACAUGGUCUAUCCAUACCAGGUCAGUUUAUUUAGCUUGUCAGCCUGGGCCAGGGGAGGUUGUUGCAGUCUAGUUAGAUUAUUGUAAUUUUGCGACUGUCUGUCUACUUUGAAGAACACAACUCAGUAUGUAAUAAGUAUGCAUUUUUCACCUAUGGUACAACCAAUAAUUUUUUUUCCAAAAUGCAUUUUACAAUGAUGUGUGCUUACAGUGAAAGGGUUAGGUCUUCUCCUUGAUUGUAUUAUUUUGUUGUCUGUAUCAUGACUGACUCCACAUUUCUUCCGCAGGCUUUACGAGGAGCAAAUGUUCAUGGAACACAGAACAUUUUGCUCUUUGCAUGUACGAGCAAAAUCAAACCUUUGCAUUACAUCAGGUACAAAAACAUUCUUCUUGAAUGUUUUCUAAAGUCAUUUCUGAGCGAUUGAACCAUGUUAGCAAUUAAGGCGUUUUUUUCUUUCUGUGUAAUUAUUUUGGCAAAGGUGAAUACUUAGUAUCAAGUUGUCAAGUCUAGUGCUUGAAAGUUUAAUAUCACCAGCUCUAGUUUUACUGCAGCCUUCCUAAAGAUUUCUUCAGUUAAGUAAAUGGCUGUUUCAUAGAGUGAUGCAAAAAACAGCAUUUUCAAAAACAGUGUAACAGAAAAGUAGCUUUCAUUUGAAUGUUUGUAAAUGGUUGUGAUGCACACAAAACCCUGUAGAUUUAACUUGAUAAUUUUUGUUCCACUUCCUCCAAUUCAGCACGGAUGCUGUUUUUCCUCAUGGAUUAUCAAACUGUUCAGAAGACGCAGACAUGAAAGAAUAUGCCUGCAAACUUGAUGAUGGGUAUGUUUGACUUGUCCAACGUAUCUAGAUAUUAAAGUAUUCCCAUCAAUUCGAGAUAUCAUGGAAGGAUACCAGAUUCUACGAAUGUCCUUGCCUUUUAUAUGUUAUGUUGCCUAAUGGCAAGUGUCAUUUCAAAGCAUUGCAUUUCCUGUCCGUUGUGUUUUCUAAAGCAGAGAAAGAACACACUAGUAUUGUAAGAUUUUGUGUACACUGGUCAUGUUAGAUUUGUAUCCUACGUUAACACUGUACAAAAUAUCACCCACGUCACUACUUACGACAGCAGUCUCUGGUUAAGGUGAUACAGGUUGCCUUUCAAAACCUCUGAUGUAUUGUCCAACAUAGAGGUAUGGCAAAGAUAUCCUACGUUUGAGAUUUACAAGCAGCAUCGUCUAAUUUAGUCAUCCUUUGAAAAAGAUGUGUCUUAGCCUGUCGGAAUUUUGUGGGCACGCCCUUGUUCUAGCGGUCACCAAACCCCCUCGGUUUACUUAUAUUUCAUGCGCGCGAUCGACGAUCUCUAAAGACAAAGUAGAGGGUCUGUGAACAGUCUACAGGUGCCUGCCUUAUCAGUGCUGAAAUUUUCUUAAAUUCCCUUUACAUGUCUCAUACCACAGUCAUAUCAUUGCUGGAUGUCUUCUUACAGGUAUUCGCAGUCCAAGUGGGUUGCAGAACAGUUGGUGUUGAGGGCCAAAACCAAGGGGCUUCCUGUUUCUAUUUACAGAUUAGGUAUGGAACAACAAGCAAUGUUAUUGUCAUGAUUUUGACAAGACUUCACUAAGAUCAACCGUAGGAAGUGAAAAACGAGUGGAAUAGAAUUUUUUAGGACAUUCCAAUAAUUCGUGAAAGUUAGGUCCUGUAAAGAUAAACUCCCGCAAAAUAUGAAGAAAGAAAAACACGAAAAUUCAUUCCUCUGUUUUUUUUUUCUUUCUCUGGAAAAAAUUUGACUGACUGGAAGCUACUUUCACGACUAUAUUUUCACUACUGAAACGUAACGAAGGGCCUUUGCCAUCUUUGUGGUAAAUUUCAAGGGACCUUUUUAAAAUAAGGAAAAUUUGAACAAAAAAAACACGAAAAUUCAUUCGCCAUCCGUGUCGCCGCUUUUUUUCUUUUAAUUCCUUCGAAAAAAAUUUCCAAACUUUUAAAGAACGAAGAAUUUCACCCAAAAUGUUUUCUUGUUCAAUCGAAACGAAAGUUGUAUCGAAAUUUCACCGAGUUUCCCUGGCAGCAACUAGAACAUCAAGUUGCAAUUCACACGUUUGAGAGUGAACAACCAUCGUCUAGCCCAACAGAUCUGGCAUUUUAAGUAAUUUGUUUUGAUCUGAUCAAUGACCCGGGACAUUAUAAGAAAAAUUAACAUAGAAAACAUUCAUUAUUUUUUUCUAUUCCAAAAGAACUAUCGGACUCAAUAUCUGCGAAAAACCGUAAAAAAAUAAGAGCUAAACCGCGAAAUUACCUCUCCCCACUUCCGGAAACAGUAAGUUUACAUUGCUUUACUUUCUUUUGGUUUACGUUAUUGCAAUCCUUCAUCUUUGAAAUCCUUUGAAGUCGGAAGUCGGAAAUGAGAAGUCGGAAGUCGGAAGCCGGAAGAUCCUCCUCGGCUUUCGUACAGAGCAGCCUCCUCCCCAGGCGCUUCGUAUUUGGCAAGGUAGAGGCAAGCGAAUGGUGAUGAACCGCAAGGGACCAUGGGGAGGGUACAGCAGCUCCUUCCCGCCUUCCUUUGCGCGCACAUUUUCUGAGAGAGAGAGAGAGAGAGACGUCUGAGUACGAGGCAGGAGCCGGAGCAGUUCCUCUUUGACCCUUCUGUAUCUUGUAUCUUAGGUAACUUGGCUGGUGAUCGUGAACGUGUGCGGUGGAACCCAAUAGAUUUUAUUCUUCUGAUGAUCAAAGGCAUCACUGCGACGCUUUCUGCACCCGAUGUGGACUGGAUGGUGGAAAUGACUCCAGUAGAUUUUGUCAGUGAAAUGAUCGUCAAGAUGACACAGGUUGGACUAGGCGUACAUUACAUGAACUAUUAAAAUUAACCGUCUCUAAAACGGACAUUGCUGAGCCCGACACCGUAUGAUAGAGGUGUUGGUCUUAUAGACGAAAAUAGUGGACUGAAGAAUGUCAAUUUCUGUAUUUAACUUAGCGAAAAUCAAUAGGCCAUUUCAGAGUUCUCCCGGGCCUCUGUUUCAAAACGAGGGUAGGUGCUCAGCCUUUGAUAUGGAAGUCAUUUUUCAUUCUCGUGCAAGUAAAACUCGUUUUCACAAGAAAGGUUGUGCACCUAGCCUCAUUUUGAAAGUAAGGGUUUUUGGAACUCGGAAGUGACCUAUUACCAGCACCUGAAAGACCCCUUCUUGUGUGGUAAUCUUGCAAAGUUUAGUUUAGUUACGUGCUUUGAAGAAAACGGAAGUGCACUGAAAAUGGCGUUUUCACACUAAAAACGUCUUCUGACCAUAAGCAUUGUAGUGACGUAAACGUUAUUAGCAUUGCAACUAAUUCAGUUUUUGUAUCACGCAAUUUAGGAGAUGUCAAUGUCUAUGGGAAAAGUAUUUCACAUCAUCAAUCCACAACCUCUGAACGCAAAGUACGUGUUGUCGUUUUCUUUUUCUCUUCUUUUUCCCUAACGGUACGCUAAUAGACUCAGGAUUGCAGAUAGUUUACUUAAGUAAGGACAAUAAUUUAUUUUCAAGGCCAAUGAAUAUAUUACAGUCUGUGUAAAAAGAGUAUCACUUUUUCCAGGUGGUUAUUUCAGUGGAUGAGUGUUCAUGGUUAUCCUUUGGAUAUUAUUCCUUUUAAAGAUUGGUGUAGUAGGUAAGGUUAAUUCUUGAAAUUCUGUGAAUGCUCUUCCUUCCUUUUUAAAUUUCCUUGUUUUCCACUUAUAGUAAAUCUAGAUUCACACGGUCUAGUGAUGUUUUGAGCACGAGCAACCCGUCAUGUUUUAAAUCUUUUUAUCAUCUCACUCGGUUAAUAAAACCAAUUCGUAAAUGUUACUCUAACUGUAAUACUUUGUAACUUCUGUAAAUAGGAUUGAAAUCUUGUGCAAGAAUAAUCCACAAUGUGGACUCAUUCCACUACUUCGACUGCUGGAGAUCUGGAUGGGGUGAGUUUUGAGAUAAAUCAUCUCUUCGAGUCAUCUUAAAAGAUUCCGGCGGCAAGCCAAUGACUUGGUUCUUUGAGCGGAACACAGCUCUUUGAUUAGGAUCAUUUUUGACCAAUGCAAGUGAACAAAAAUGCCUGUUGUUUCAGAUGCUGGACUUAAUAAUAAUUAAUAAUAAUUAAUCUAAGUUCAAGUUGGAGGCCAGAAAAUCGCAAAAUGACCAUUCACAGGAGUGGCACAGAACAGAACGGCUCCUAAUCAAUGUGAGUAAAUCAAAGCCGUUGAGUUUAAUUUUCCGGUUGAUCUUGGCAGGAAAAACGGCUGAGCCAUUCGUAAAUGAAAUAGGACUCGGUCACAUUGCCGAUCCUCCCAUCCCGUCUCGAACAGUAUAAAUAUGAGGCGUCGGUUUUCUUUUAUUUUAAACUGUUUAAGUUGAAGCCGUAACUGCAAAGGUCUGUAGGCAUUACGUGCCUAUUUUAAACUGACGCCUAUUAUUGUCCUUUUUCUACAGGGAUUCUUCGUUUCUUUCAAACUUGAGCACCUAUACCAUGAAGAAUUUUGAUGCAGCUAUGGAGCAUUUUAAAGUUACUUAUCCGCUCGUCAAUUCAGAGCUUCUUACACACUACUUUUCUGCUCUGGUAUCGCAGGGUGUUCUACCGAACCCAAAGAAAAAGAUACGAGGUUUGUUUCCUUUAUUCUUGGACUUCCAAUAACUUAUGUGCUCUCCCUGCUAAUCAUACCAUUAGGUGUAAAGUGUAAGAGUUUUCUGACGUAUCUUAAGGUAAUAAAAUUUUCAAGAACUACGGUGAUCCAUAAUAGACCUUGCAAUAGAGCUUUCGUUUACUGUUAUCUCAUCAGCAUAUGGGCUUCAUUCCCUCACUAUUACACAAGAAAUGGCACUUACUUUCUAUGAAAAUUUUAGUUUUAUGUACUCGCAUUCACUCCGUAAUGGGAUGUUAAAAUCAAAAUUUUACUUAAAAAAUUUUCUUUUGCCGUCCAGGAAUUUUGAGGGUCACUGUUCAAAAAAUGCCUUACAUCACCCGCAAAUUGGCCAUAAUCACACAUUCGUAUUAAUAGUGUUUGUUGCCAAGCAACAAGUCCGAGAGUACACAUCGUGAUGUGUAUAUAGGGCACUUUGCGAAUUACCAGUUCCCCUUUUGAUACCAGUGAGGUGGUUUCAAAGUGAACACUACUAAAAGAUGUCUUCGUCCAACGGUAGCGUAAUUAAGAUCUCUAAUUUACUAAAUGUUUGUGAAGCUAUAACAGUCUUCUCGAUGGAAAUUCCUAGACUCAGUGUAUUAUUUAGCUCUGUGGCAUUUUAUGUUUCGUACUGCUCCGCUGUGUUUAUAAAAUGAGAAUGUAUUUGUGUCUAUUUUGAUAGUGCGUUUUCCAUUCUCGCUAAUUUGGUAGAGAGAACUGCCUAGUGAUAACAGCCUUCUGUGACAGUCUUCAGUGACAAGUUGGCUUCUCCAACUGCAGGGCCUUGAUUAGCUUGCGAGUGAACCAUCUAUUUGAAACUCGCAAAAUUCAAAGUUAACGCGCGACUGAACUCGCCGUUUAUGCGACGGUAACCCUUCACCUCAUGCAAUAACAAAACAAACAACAACAAUGUAUUUAUUAACAGAACUUUACAAUACUUUAUGCCCGCAAAUAGGUACUACGCUAAUCUAGGCAGGAGAAAACUUUAAAUAAAGGCGAUAUUAAACUACAUAAGAAAAAAGGAAAAGAAAAGAAAUACAAUAGUAUACAGAAAGAAACAAACACCUUACAUGUAAAUUCAAGUACAGGGAUUUUGUUAUUUCAAAAUAGAGUAAAAUUACAACUGGAGGUUUAUACAACUAAUAAAAUGUUCUAUUAAAUAAUUAACAUUCAAAUAAUUAUCUUCAUUAUAUAGAACGUUAAGGAGUAGUGGUUAUAUUUUUUUUCGAAAAUUAGAUAUGUUGAUAAUUUAAACAGAAAGUGGAAUAGAAUUCCAAAUAGACACACCAAUUAUGGAGAAUUUGACAGAGAAGCAUUCCUUUACAGACAAUCGCAUAUUAUAAUGAUGUUUUGUACUAGUUUUCGCAAACUUCGUAGCAUUUACUGUGGUUUCGAAGUUAAUGGUUAUAAAUAUUUUUCUUUGAUAAUCUCUCUAGGUCCCAGGUCCCUAGAAGGAAAGGUUGCCAUAGUAACUGGAGCGUCCAGUGGUAUUGGUGAGAGUGUGGCUAGAACCCUUGCAGAGCAUGGUGCUAAAGUUGUUUUAGCUGCUCGGAGAAAAGAAAGGUACCUGAUCAAACAACUUGGACAGAACGCGCCGAUGCCUGGUGAACGAGCGUUAGGUUGAACAUAGGCGCGCACUGUACAAAGAAAAGACCUCACGCAGCCUAGUAGUUUCUUGGAUUUCUCUCCUGCGGCUUGAAAAGUUUGGCAAGGAAUCCGUUUCAGACGUCCAGCAUACGAUAGGAUGUGGGUUAGUAGGGUGGAGAACGCCUGGGGACUAGACUGGAGCUCGAGGUCACUGAUUGGAUAAAACUCAGUCUUGCGCCACUUUCUCCACGCACCAAUCGUUCAAAGGGUGGAUAACGCUAGCCACUCAUGCUGACUGGAUAAAUCACUAUCCAGCCUAUAUAAACCCAAUUGUUUCUCCUAGUACUUAUCCGUUGGAUAGUGCUAUCCAAUGUUUGAACAACUGGGGGUUGAAAUAAAGGAUAAACGAGUGAUUUUCUGUAGAAAUUGGUGCCUGUAACAAGUGUUGCCCCUCUGACGAGUGUUCUCCCUGUGACGAAUGUUGACUCUGUGAGAUGUGUUGUCCCGUGCUUUCGCCUUGGUGGGGAACUGAAACAAAAAUUCUGGUACUCAGCUGUAUUGAUAAUGGAAGGAAAUUGUCCACCGUAAAAAAGAUUCAGGUUGUUAGGGUUACGUUUUGUUCUGUUUUUCAGGCUGGAUCGACUAAAAGAUGAAAUUGCAGAGUUGGGUGAUGUGGCGGUUUCUAUGGAAACAAAUGUGGCUAACAGGCAAGAGGUAUUAAAGUAGAUGCUUGUAUUCUGUGAUACGAUUUAACGGUACCAAUCUUAAUUCCAUGCACUUCAGGUUUUUGCUGGUCUAUGUACUGUUGUCAAUUAAUUUGUAAAUCUAUCGCUGACGUGAUUACACGGCAAGGCAAACGAUAUCUCUAUUAUUAUAGUUAAGAUACGGUCAAUCUUCUUCCAUCCUUAUAAAGAGUUUUCGCUUUGACUAAUUGUGGUAGGUUCAUUCAGUGGAAAUUUUCUAAAACUAAACCCUCGUAGAAACAACACUUGGACUCUGUUGGGCCAUGUCCGAAUUUCCUUGGGCCUUCUUGUUUAAUACACAAAUUAAACUCUUUUUCUUAUGAAUGGUUGUGCUCCGAGUCUCUUUUUUGAAAAAUAGGCCUAGAGCAACUUGAAAAUGGACUCUGAUUUAUAUUCGCUUUCUUUGUCAUCAGGUCCUUGAUCUGGUGUCCCGCACAAAUGAUACAUUGGGUCCGGUGGAUAUCAUGGUCAACUGCGCUGGGCUGGGCUUUUAUACAACCAUGAAAAACUGUAAUCUUGAUGAGUGGGAAAGAAUGGUUGAUGUCAACUGUAAGGUACUCCUCACUCAGGUCUAUGGUGAUCAUUGUACUUUGCAUCGUCAUGAAUGACGAAAAAACUUUUCUAAUCCUGUUUUGUCCGUAACUUUAUCAGGGUGUUAUGAAUAGUAUUGGCGCUGUGCUGCCGGGCAUGCUGGCAAGAAAGAAAGGCCACAUCAUCAACAUCUCGUCAAAUGCUGGUAGAAAGGUAUCAAUAUCUGUCCUUUUUCUUUUUCUGAAUUUCUGAAUUGUUUUUUAAAUUUCUGUUUCCCUUUUUAGCUUUCCAAUUUCCGGUUUGCUUCUAAGUUUCUGUGUUUUCUGCUCUCUUGUUCCUUGUUUAUCUUUUCUCCUUCCUUCCUGUUUUUCUCUCUCUCCUGUUUUCUGUUUUUUCUUCCCUCUUGUCAACAUAAGUUCUCUUCCUUUCCCACCCUUGUUUACAAAACAAAACGAGAUGCUGUCUCCUCCUUUUGUCUUAAUAUCCAGCAAUUCAGUCUGGCUCUAUGAUUCCCCGCUAAGUUCCUUAAAAACAAAACAAAAGAUCACAGAUAGAAGUUAUUUUGCUCAUAUCUUCCCGCGAUAUAUUAACAUUUUUCAGACUUUCCCUGGAUUGACUGUGUAUUCUGCCACCAAGUAUUUUGUGGAGUCGUUGACUCAGGGUUUGAGACUGGAGAUUGUGGGCAGUGGAGUCAAAGUGACCUCCAUUCAACCUGGUAAUAUAGCGAUUUAUAUAAACUAGAAGUAACCACAGAAAACAAUUUACAGUAUUUGAAAGCGAGGCUGGCCUAGUGAUUUCUGAACAAUUGUGAAGUCAACGUGAGUGUUCGGCAUUUGCGUCGUAGUCUUGUGCCCCCUAUGUAACAGUAGGGUCGAUGGUAAACGCUGAUGCUAAUGUGCACAGUCCUAAUCCUGGGUCCAGUUGUUCGAAAGAUGGAUAACUCCUUUCACUGGAUAAAUCUCUAUCCAGUUGAUAACGCAAUUGGUUUCCCUAAUUCUUAUCCUUUCAAUAUUGAUUCAUCCAUUGGAUAGCGCUAUCCAACGUUUGAACAACCGGGACCAGAUCCAUAAAUCUCUUGAUGUUAUUCUUUCCUAGGUGAUGUCGCAACAGAAUUUGGAAUAGGAAACACCGAUGAGGAGGUUUGUUAUUUUAGUUCCUUAUCGUACAUAUAAAACAACUGAAGGGCCAUAAGAUAUACUUCUAAGUAAAUAGGGAAUCAAUUAAGGUUUCUGGGAAACUGCCCACCUACCGCUUCCCAAGUUUGAUUCUACAAACAGUCCUAAGAAGAUACUUAAAUUGAGUUCUCUUUCGUGAUACUACAAGUUUUUCAUUUUCUGAUAUGUAUUUUUUUCUUGUUGUUGCUGUUUUUUCAGGCACGAGCAAAAUAUGAAGUUAGCGCCGACAUCAAGAGACUCGACCCGAGCGAUGUCGCGAAUGCAGUAAUUUAUGCAGUGACUCAACCUGCUCACUGUGCUGUUAAUGAAAUCUUGAUUGAACCAGUCGAUGCUCCUUGUUGACGCAAAUUUCAUGUCCGCGCACUAUCUUAACAAGCGCGAGAGAACACGUUACCGGAACACGUGCUGUGUGCUGUUAUACUAUGUAAUUCUUGCAGCAUUAAUUUUAGGGCAAAUUUCCUGUCCUUCAUGGGAUUAAUCAUCGGGAAAAUGUUGCAGGAGCGCCGCCGUAAGCUUUCGUUUGUACGGUUGUGCAACAUGUUUCUGCAGUGAAAACAGUAGUUGAGCUUGUUAGCGACAACAGCCGAACGGGAAUUAUUGUUAUUUAUUUCAUAGACAAUAUUAUAUGAAGGCAUGUACUCGCCACGUUUUACUGUGUUUGCGGACGUUGUGAUUCUGUCCCUGUUACAUGUCUCUUCGCUUCAGGCCCCUUUGCAUGCCCUGGCGUGUACGUCCCUGCAACUUGGUUCCUUGUGUUUUAAUUUUUAAUAAGUUUUUUAAUCAUUUUUUUACAUUCAACAACGUGCAAAAGAAAAAGAGUUAAUAAAUAUGCAUAAAAAUGCACAUCGCAAAAAUUUACAGAUUGCAUGUUAAAAUUUAUUACGUGGAGGCAUCCGUUAAUGUUCGUACAGCCAGGUUAGUAAAACCACCCCUAUUUUACUCUUUGAAAUAGUAGUCUUUUCUUAAGUCCUUACGGCGACUACGGUAGUUCUGCCGGAGCUGUUGGUGCAAAGUGGAACAUUAUUUUACCUUUUACUCAUGUCUAUAAUAAGGACACCUCUAAUGCGAACACAUGUAACUCAUGAUUUUUCUUGAGCUACAGUUACAUCUUUAGACAAAGGCAUAUCUGUGCAUUAGACAGGUUCCUUAUUGUAGUGGUGGGGAUUGUUUAGGUUAGAUAUUUUUUGGCCUGAAAACGCGAAACGCCCGCAGUUUCUCAGGCUAGAUAUCUAUAAGUCCAAGUUAGGAGGCGUUAAGAAAGGUUGUCCGACUGACUUUUCAGUUUAGAAAUAAAGGUUAGAUAGUUUAGAUUAUUUCAGAAUGCAAACGUGACGUUAAAAGAAUACUUCAAUAAAUUUUAUAAACGCGGUUCGUAGAAGAUUCUUAAUGGUAUACCACAUGUGACCACUUCUAAUUCCAGCAAAACAUUUUUUUUUUAUAUCUUGUAAUUUUUAGUGGAUUCUUUGUAGAGUUCAUUUAAUAGUCAUAAUAUAUACCGUAUUUAUUCGAAUAAGCGCCCAACCUCGAAUUAGCGCCCACCUCGAAUAAGCGCCCGUCCUAAAGGCAGAAAAAGUUAAUAAGCGCCCAGCCUCGAAUAAGCGCCCACCCCUCCCCAUCCCAAUCAAACUCAAAUAAGGGUGAAUAAAUUCUAAUAAGAGACUUCCCUGAGGACGGAGUUUUCUUCAGAGUAUUUUACAGAAACCUUGCUUUGUUACUUCUUCGCGUUUUGUUAUUAGCAUUUAUUGUUUUCUUGCAAAAUCAACAUACUAGACUUGCUGAAAAUGGUGAAAAUUUAAUAAGCGCCCAGCCUCGAAUAAGCGCCCACCUCGAAUAAGCGCCCACUCUCAAGGUACAAAAAUUUAAUAAGCGCCCAGGGCGGUUAAUCGAAUAAAUACGGUAAUU